GUGACUUCAUUAACAAGUCUGGGCAAAACAACUGCGUAAUACAAUUGUCUAUUGUCAGGUCCAAUAAUGAACAUUAUUUGACUACGCGUAAUUAUGAGUUAAAGAAUCAGUCUUAGUCUAAUGUACUUUCACUUUUUACAAUGAAUUCAAAAACAACUCCAAGGGACGAUCCAUUAGAUGACGGGUGUGAUAUAAGCAAUGCACAACUCAUCAGGAUACUUUCAGAGCGUCUCGCCCCUUCUGACCAACCUAGUUUAACUCCCCCUGCUGGUACCAGUCUGACUCCUGCUGGUACCAGUACCAGUUUGAGCGCUGGUGCUGAUCAACACAGUCCGACACUGGGGGUGUGUGUGGUCAAUGAUGGCCAGUCCCUUGCCAAGAAGGAGGAGAGAAUUGAUGGCCAAAUUAAGAAACGGGGUCACAAGGUCGUGGCCCCGUUCGAGAGGCUGAGCAACAAUAGGAGCACUGUUACCCUGUCAGUCCCAGACCAGAGUCCAAUGGAGAGGUUCAGUAAGCAUCACCUGAAUGUUACUCAGCUGUGUGAGCAGUCAUGGUGUGAAAUUAAAGUGGUCUAUGGGUUCCUCAAGCCUCAUAUGAAGAGGAGAGAGAUGAGAAGGCCUGCAGUGAUGACAGGGGCCAGUAUUCAUCUUGCUAGAGAACUGGAGGCAAACCCAGAUGCUGUGACUGUUGUUGUUCAUACCAGAGAGGACAGGGAAGCCUUGAAACUCAUCAACCUGAUACAGAUGGUCCCAGCUCUGGAGGCAGGCCAGCUGGUACGGGAGUUUCCAGUGUUAGGUGUGUUGGAUGGGGUGUUUUUCCUGGGUGUGGUUGAUGAGCUGUAUUGUAGUAAGUCUGGGGAUCUGGUCCUGAGUGAACUGAAGACCCGCAGUCACAACUCCCUGCCGCAUCCUGCCCAGGCCAAGGGACACUCUCUACAGGUGGGUGUGUAUAAGCUGCUGUUUGACUCCAUGGUUCAGGGUUCUAUGAAGAGGGAUCAGCUCCUCCACUUCCUCAAGCUCCGGCCCCACCAGGCCUUUGGGUCAGAGCUCCAGAGGUAUGCCCAGAAAUUGGACCUCCUGGCAGUCACCUUCGGAGAUCUUGUGGACCACUUGUUGGUUGUGCUACAUUUCUCUAACCUCCAGCCCAUUGACAAGCUAUGCCUGGAAUACAGACAUCAGAGCUCCGGAGUCCUCAUAGGAAACAGGGAGGUAGAGUUUGAGGAGACCCAGCUAAGGGCUGAGCUCAGGGACUACCUGGCCUUCUGGAGGGGGGAGAGGGAGCCCCAUGGAGUGGAUAUUGAGGAUAUAGAAGAGGCUUGGAAGUGUAGGAUGUGCCCCUAUGAGGAGAGCUGUGAAUGGAGGAGGAAUAGGUUGCAAGAGGUGAUGGUUGAUGGCAGUAAGAAAGCCAAAUUGGAUGUUUCUAAAUCCGAGACUCCCAAUUCAAGUCGGAGAGUCCCAAAUUGAUUUUUGUCAGGUCUGAGAAUCCAAAAUGGGAGACUCCAAGGUUGGACAGUCCAACAGUGGAUAGCCUGACAUCUGACAUUUUAUGGGUUUACAAUAGGGUUGAAUAGCGUGGAGGGGCCUCCCAUUCUAGGUUCGAGUCCAGGCUCUGUCGCAGCCGGCCGUGACCAGGAGACCCAUGGGGCGGCGCACAAUUGGCCCAGCGUUGUCCGGGUUAGGGGAGGGUUUGG